UCUUUCGUCCAUUCGCUCAAGAUGCCAAAAGGAAAGAAGGCCAAGGGGAAGAAGGUGGCUCCAGCCCCUGCUGUCGUCAAGAAGCAGGAGGCCAAGAAGGUGGUAAAUCCCCUGUUUGAGAAAAGGCCCAAGAAUUUUGGCAUAGGACAGGACAUCCAGCCCAAAAGAGAUCUCACGCGCUUUGUCAAAUGGCCUCGCUACAUCCGGUUGCAGCGGCAGAGGGCUAUCCUCUACAAGCGGCUGAAAGUGCCCCCAGCUAUUAACCAGUUUACCCAGGCCUUGGACCGCCAGACAGCUACUCAGCUGCUGAAGCUGGCCCACAAGUAUAGACCAGAGACAAAGCAGGAGAAGAAGCAGAGGCUCCUGGCCCGGGCCGAGAAAAAAGCUGCUGGCAAAGGGGACGUCCCCACCAAGAGACCUCCUGUCCUUCGAGCCGGGGUUAAUACUGUCACCACUUUGGUGGAAAACAAGAAGGCCCAGCUGGUGGUGAUUGCACAUGAUGUGGACCCCAUUGAGCUGGUUGUCUUCCUGCCAGCCUUGUGUCGUAAAAUGGGGGUUCCUUACUGCAUCAUCAAGGGGAAGGCCCGACUGGGGCGGCUUGUCCACAGAAAGACCUGCACCACUGUUGCCUUCACACAGGUGAACUCGGAAGACAAGGGAGCUCUGGCUAAGCUGGUGGAAGCGAUCAGGACCAAUUACAACGACAGAUAUGAUGAGAUCCGCCGUCAUUGGGGAGGCAAUGUUCUUGGUCCCAAAUCUGUGGCACGCAUUGCCAAGCUGGAAAAGGCAAAGGCCAAAGAACUCGCCACCAAACUGGGCUAAUGUAUACAGCUGGCUUUUCUGUACAUAAAAAUAA